CCAAACCCUAGGUUAAAGCGACGCCGCCGCCGCCAGCCGUCCGCCUCGCCUUGCGUCUCGCCGCCAAGGCCUGGUCCUCCUCUUCCUCCUCCUUAUUCUCCCACGCGCAGAUCUCCUCUCCUUGUAGCUAGCUAGGGCUGCUAGGGUUUUCGUUGCUGCAGCGGCGAUGGCGAUCAAGCGGACCAAGGCGGAGAAGAAGCAGGCGUACGACCGCAAGCUGUGCCAGCUGCUGGACGAGUACACCAAGGUGCUCAUCGCCGUCGCCGACAACGUCGGCUCCAAACAGCUCCAGGAGAUCCGCAAGGGCCUCAGGGGCGACUCCGUCGUGCUCAUGGGCAAGAACACGCUCAUCCGCCGGUGCAUCAAGGUGCACGUCGAGAAGACAGGCAACAAGGAAUUGUCCGAGCUCAUGCCGCUCCUCGUUGGCAACGUUGGGCUCAUCUUCACCAAGGGUGACCUCAAGGAGGUCCGCGAGGAGGUCGCCAAGUACAAGGUUGGAGCUCCUGCUCGUGUUGGUCUAGUUGCCCCUGUUGAUGUUGUUGUCGCCCCUGGAAACACUGGCCUGGAUCCCUCCCAGACCUCUUUCUUCCAGGUGCUUAAUAUCCCCACCAAGAUUAACAAGGGUACUGUGGAAAUUAUCACCCCUGUGGAGCUGAUUAAGAAGGGUGACAAGGUGGGCUCUUCUGAGUCUGCCCUGCUUGCCAAGCUUGGUAUCCGCCCAUUCUCGUAUGGUCUUGUGGUCACCAAUGUCUAUGACAGUGGGUCAGUCUUCAGCCCUGAGGUGCUUGACCUCACUGAGGAAGAUUUGAUUGGGAAGUUUGCCUCUGGUGUUUCUAUGGUUGCCUCUCUGUCCUUGGCGCUCUCGUACCCAACUCUUGCUGCUGCGCCCCACAUGUUCAUCAAUGGGUACAAGAACGUGCUUGCUGUUGCUGUGGAGACGGAUUACUCGUACCCACAUGCUGAUCAGAUCAAGGAGUACCUGAAGGACCCCAGCAAGUUUGCUGUUGCUGCCCCUGUUGCUGCUGCGGACUCUGGCGCUGUCGCUGCAGCCACCCCCAAGGAAGAGGAGAAGAAGGAAGAGCCAGCUGAUGAGUCGGAUGAUGACUUGGGCUUCAGUCUGUUUGACUAGGCGGCCCUCGUAUCGUCAAGCUGCAAGUUUUGGCUUUUGUUCUUUUGUUCAGCAUCACCAAAGCACCUUUUACUUUAUUUAGCGUAUUAAGUUUGUUUCCCCUAGAGAACUAUGUUGGUCCUGUGUGUAAUCUGACAAUGGUAUCGUUAUGUUAAGCACAUCUGUUAUGGUGGGAUUUCUAUGCGAAUCAGUGAUUUUGCUGUGGCUCGAUGCCUUAA